UUUUUGCUCCUCCCCAGGGCAAAUGGCUAUGUCUGCUCCUUCGACCGCAGCUGCAGCGGAUCUGGGACCGCGUGAAAUAUUUGGAGUCCGGGAAAUGUCAAGGGCCGCACAGCCUGAGACUCCUGGAAAGUUUGGGGGACCGUGCGGGCGCCCCGAGGGAGCAGCCCCCGCUAAGGCGGAGACCCUGGGGGGCGCGGAGCCCGAGCGGGCAGUCCCUUGGCUAUGUUCGGAUCACUGCAACCGGACGGCCGAACUGUUUUGCAGCCGCUGCAGACGCUGCGUGUGCGCCCUGUGUCCACUGCUGGGUUCUCACCAAGGCCAUCCAGUGCGCUUAGUCCACGAGGAAGUGGGCUUCAAGCAGAAAGAUAUCCAAAAGUGCUUGAAGCAGCUAGCCUUGAAAAAGAAGCAAGAAGUUGCCAACAUCAGCAAAGUGAACAAAGCUGCUGUGGAUCUUAAGGAACAUUCUGAAGCUACCAAAAUGUGGAUAACAGGAAAAUUUACUGAACUCCGGUUAUUACUUGAUGAAGAGGAAAUGGCUGCAAAGCAAUUCAUUGAUAAAAACACCCAACAGACAUUUAGAACAUAUGAUGAGCAAGUGGAAUUGUGCCAAGAACGAAUUAAUAACAUGAACAACUUUUCCUAUAAAAUCCAAAAAAUACAUCAACAAGAAGAUCCUAUUCAGUUGUUACAGGAAUAUACAGCAUCAGAAAAGGAAAUUAUGCAGCAUAUGAUUCCUACAGAAUUAUGCCAUCCAAUACCUGUCACAUUUGAGCAUGCUAAGACCUAUUAUAGGAACUUAUCCACAGCUGUUUCUACCACUCUACAGCAGUCACUAGAAGUGCGCCUUAAAGAAGAUGCCUGCAGCCAGCUUUCUGUAUCUUCCAAGACAAAACCUGGUACCCUGCUGAAAACACCUUCCACACCUGAACGUUUACUCUUCUUAAAAUAUGCCAGAAUCCCAACCCUGGAUCCAGACACUAUGCAUUCUCGGCUACGUUUGUCUGAUGACCGUUUGACAGUGACCUGUGUUUUGAUUAGCAAGAUUCAAUUAUGUAAUCCCCAGAGGUUUGAUAAACUGUGGCAGGUGCUGAGCCGGGACUCUUUUUUUUCUGGGAGUCAUUACUGGGAGGUGGAUUUGCUCAAGUCUGGAUUAGGAUGGUGGAUAGGAGUAGCCUAUUCUUCUAUUCAACGCAAAGGAGAUUCUGAAGCCAGUCGUUUGGGGUUUAAUAGAGAAUCUUGGUGUAUAAAAAGAUUUGAUCUAGAAUACUGGGCAUUUCAUAAUGGAGAAAGGACACGAAUAACAACAGACAAUGAUCCUGAGAGGAUAGGAAUUUUCCUAGACUACGAGGCUGGAAUCCUUUCUUUUUAUGACAUAACAUGUGGUAUGACACACUUGCACACAUUUAACUCAAGAUUCCAACAGCCGCUUUAUCCAGCAUUGAGGUUAUGGGAAGGAUCAAUAACCAUACGUAAGUUGCCAUAGGGUCCCCCUAAUCCUAGGAGACAGCUGAUUCCAGCUUAAAUGAUGAAGGGACUCUUUUUGGUGCUAUGAUGAGAAUAAUAAUGGUAGUAACUAAUGUUUGUACAGCACUUAAAAGUUUGCAAAGUAGUUUAUGUACACAUUAUUUCAUUUGAAUCUCACAGGAAUCCUGUGAGGUAGAUAGAUACUCUUGAUAUUGUUACCCUAUUUUACAAUUGUGGAAAUUGAGGUCCACUGACUUACUCAUGAUCGGAUAAUCAAAGUAUCAUGGGAGAAAUUUGAAGCCAGAUUUUGCCAACUACCAAGUUCAGAGCUCUGUCUGUCCCCUAUGUGUCUUGAGAGUAGGGAUAUCAAACCCACUGGCUGUUUUUCAGCCCUCUACCACCAUCCAUCUUUUUGUCCAAUCAAACAUAUAAUCAGAUUAACAAGUCUCUGUGAAGGAAAACAAAGAUGUGGAUAGCAUUGUUGCAAACAAAUUUUGUGAUAUGUCUAAAGCAAACAUGGAAGUUUAAAGCUAUUACUUUAGGCUGUAUAUAUGAAUAUAUCAAAUGGAAUAGCUAAGGAUGCUAGAGAGUAAUAUUUAUUACUACUAAUAGUAAUAACUGUUGGCAUAAACAUUACUAUUUUAUACUACAUAGUAAUGAUAAUGCUAGGUACUAAUAUUUAUCACUACUAACUACUAGUAAUAACUAUUAGCUUUAAAAUUACUAGUAGUGUUAUUAAACUAGGUAGUAAUGAUAAUGUUAGACAGUGCUAUUUAUAUAGAAUACUACUAACUGCUAAGAUUAGUAGUAAUAUUAAUAUACUAGGUGAUAAUGUUAAUGCUAGGUGGAAAUGUUAUGGCAUAAAACAAAGAAAAAGAGAUUAGGCCCAGAAUAUUCAAUCCAUUCCUUUACAACAUAACCCUUGAAGAUUGCAGAGUACUUCACUAACCUUCAACCUGGAAUGGAUCCCUCACUGUUUUAUGCUGAUGUUUUUAUUCAGCUGACCAAAUUGCUCAUGUAGAUAAAAGGAGACUCCAAAAAUAUGAUAUUGUAUUAGGAUUACUAGUAGUUUGUGUAACUGCAGACUAGAAACUAAACAAAAAACUUAAAAUAUAGUCUUAGAUUGAUGGACUGAGUAUAGGUCAUUCUAAUCAAGAAUGUCGGUAUCUCACUACACACCUGUCAGAUUGGCUAAGAUGACAGGAAAAAAUAAUGAUGAAUGUUGGAGGGGAUGCAGGAAAACUGGGACACUAAUGCAUUGUUGGUGGAGUUGUGAACGAAUCCAACCAUUCUGGAGAGCAAUCUGGAAUUAUGCCCAAAAAAUUAUCAAAUUGUGAUAAUUUUGAUCUUUGAUCCAGCAGUGUUUCUAUUGGGCUUAUAUCCCAAAGAAAUACUAAAGAAGGGAAAGGGACCUGUAUGUGCCAAAAUGUUUGUAGCAGCCCUGUUUGUAGUGGCUAGAAACUGGAAAAUGAAUGGAUGCUCAUCAAUUGGAGAAUGGCUGGGUAAAUUGUGGUAUAUGAAUGUUAUGGAAUAUUAUUGUUCUGUAAGAAAUGACCAGCAGGAUGAAUACAGAGAGGACUGGCGAGACUUACAUGAACUGAUGCUGAGUGAAAUGAGCAGAACCAGGAGAUCAUUAUACAUUUCAACAACGAUAUUGUAUGAGGACAUAUUUUGAUGGAAGUGGAUUUCUUUGACAAAGAGACCUAAGUUUCAAUUGAUAAAUGACGGACAUAAGCAGCUACACCCAAAGAACGAACACUGGGAAACAAAUGUGAACUAUCUGCAUUUUAGUUUUUCUUCCCGGGUUAUUUAUACCUUCUGAAUCCAAUUCUCCCUAUGCAACAAGAGAACUGUUCGGUUCUGCAAACAUAUAUUGUAUCUAGGAUAUACUGCAACAUAUCCAACAUAUAAAGGACUGCUUGCCAUCUAGGGGAGGGGGUGGAGGGAGGGAGGGGGAAAAAAAUCGGAAAAGAAACGAGUGCAAGGAAUAAUGUUGUCAUUAUAAAGUAAUCAUUAAAUUAAAAAAAAAAAAAAAGAGACUUCUGAGGCCAUCUUGUCCAAGCUAGACAUGAAUGCUUUCUCUACAAUAUACACGAAUAAAGGUCAUCUACUUUUGCAUAAAAAAAAAAAAAAAAAGAAUGUCGGUAUCUGGCAAGUAGAUGAGCAAAUUAGAAAAAUAAAGGGAAAAAAACCUGUCAUAUGAAAUCAAAUAAACUGAAUUUUUUCUGA